UUUGGCAGCUCCCGUUUCCCACGUGCAACUUCCCAGUCGCCGACGAGAACGAAGAAAUAGCCGAGCAGCGGCCAACUAACCAACGACUUCCGCAGCCUCCUCCCCGGCCGCCUCCACACGGAACAAGGACUCCUCUCCUCGCUCCGAGAAUUCACUCUCCCACAAACCGUAUACGCGAGCGAGCCCUGCGGCGGCAUGGUGAUGUCUCCGGCGCAGAUCCGCGGAUCCGUGGCGUCGGCGACGGCGAGGCGGUGGCCAGCCCCGCCCAGCGCCCGUUCCAUCCGCUUCUCGCUGCUGGCCCCGUCUACUGUACCGGCGUCGCUUCUCCGGGGAGCGUUCAGUGGCCUUGCCGCUGGUGCGGUAUCCAAGCCAUUGAUAACAAUGUGCAUGAAGGCAGACUAUACCAGGCCUAUUGAUCCUAUCACCAGUGCAGAGCAAACGGGUGAUGAAAUUCAAGAACCAGCCAUUGUGGCACCUGCUAAUAAAGAGAUAAAUAUAGAGCAGGAGGUUGCUCCUCAGCAAAAGUGUGCAAAAAUACACGACUUCUGCCUAGGGAUCCCAUUUGGUGGAUUUUUAUUUUCCAUGGGCCUUAUUGGAUUUCUAUUUUGGAGGAGCCCUGUGAGUCUUACUUUCGGUGUUGCACCUGGCCUUGCUAUAUUGGCCUUUGGCGUGCUUAGCCUAAAGGUUUGGAGGAGUGGAAAAUCCAGCUUGCCGUUCAUACUGGCACAAGCAGCUGUUGCUGCUGCGGUAGCAUGGAAGCACUGUCAGGCGUACACCACGACGAAGAAGCUGCUGCCCUGGGGCUUCUAUGCUGCACUCAGUGUUGCGAUGAUCUGCUUCUACUCUUACGUUCUGAUUGCUGGAGGGAAUCCGCCUCCAAAGAAGGCAGCUGCUGCUUGAUUUGAUGUUGUCGACCGUUCACUGAAGCUUCUCACAAUUGUACCGAUGUUGAUGAUACGGUUUUUCUUUAUUUCUGUUGGUGAACGCUGAACACAGUUGUAUUCUAGUCUCUGUUACUAAGUUAAAGACCCAAAGUAGAUAAGAUUUGCCCCGAUUUACACAACUCCUUUUUUAUACAUCAAUAGAUUCACUCUCUCCU